AUGUCAACACUCCCUGCCGAACUCCCUCUCCUUCAAUUUUUCAUGGAUUCAAAUACAGAGCUCGAGGAUUACAAAUGUGGUAAAUAUGUGACAGUCGACGGCAAGACUCUUUCAAUAGCGGCUAUCGUCGCGGCAUCUAGACAGGGUACAUCUGUCCAAUUAGACCAGUCCCCCAGAACGAAGGAAAAAGUCGACCAAAGCCGUAAAACCAUCGCGGACAAGGUUGAUAACGGAAUAUCUGUAUAUGGAGUUUCUACUGGAUUCGGUGGAAGUGCGGACACCAGAACCGACUCACCUUUGGCUCUUGGACAUGCGCUUUUGCAAAUGCAACAUGCCGGGGUCCUUCCCUCUUCAACCAAAACACUAGAUAUUUUGCCUCUCCUCGAUCCUAUGGGAUCAGUCAUGCCAGAAGCCUGGGUACGCGCGGCCAUGCUGGUCCGCAUGAAUUCUCUUAUUCGUGGACACUCUGGAGUUCGCUGGGAACUCAUUGAGAGAAUGAACCAAGUUCUAUCAGCAAAUAUAAUUCCCGUUGUUCCAUUGCGAGGAAGUAUAUCGGCUUCCGGAGACCUUUCUCCUCUUUCGUACAUCGCAGGAACACUUUGCGGAAAUCCCUCAAUCCGAGUGUUCGAUGGACCUUCCGUAUUUGGGUUCCGGCAAAUGGUCUCAAGUCGCGAAGCUCUUGCACGACACCACAUCGCACCCAUACCAUUGGCUUCGAAAGAGCAUCUCGGAAUUCUGAAUGGCACGGCUUUCUCUGCAGCGGUGGCUUCUUUGGCGUUGGACGACGCGGUCAAAUUAACACUGUUGUCUCAUGUCCUCACUGCGAUGGGAGUUGAAGCUCUCUGUGGCACAAGAGGAUCUUUCGAUCCUUUCAUCCAUGAUGUCGCUCGUCCCCAUCCUGGCCAAAUAGAAUCAGCGAAGCUCAUCUGGAACCUUCUUGAAAGCAGCCAGUUCGCAGUCCUUAAGGAAGAAGAAGUCACAAUCGAAGAAGACGAAGGCACACUUCGACAAGACCGCUAUUCUCUUCGUACAGCCCCUCAAUUUUUAGGACCUCAAAUCGAAGAUCUGCUUGCGUCACUUGCAACGGUAACGAAGGAAUGCAACUCCACGACCGAUAAUCCAUUGGUCGAUGGUACGACUGGUCAUGUACAUCACGGCGGGAACUUCCAAGCCAUGGCUGUCACCAAUGCCAUGGAGAAGACCCGUCUAUCGCUCCAUCAUAUCGGAAAGUUGAUGUUCGCCCAAUGCGCAGAACUCAUGGACCCAUCCAUGAACCGUGGACUCCCCCCUUCGUUGGCAUCCACUGACCCGUCUUUGAACUACCACGCCAAAGGGAUAGACAUUGCAACAGCUGCAUAUGUGAGCGAAUUGGGUUAUCUAGCCUCACCGGUAUCCACACAUAUUCAAUCCGCGGAAAUGCAUAAUCAAGCAGUCAAUUCUCUUGCAUUGAUCUCAACGAGACAAACCUUGACUUCUUUGGACGUGCUAUCAAUUCUCAUGUCGUCGUACCUAUACGUUAUUUGUCAAGCGCUGGAUCUGCGCGCUUUACAGCACGAGUUUUUAAUCGGACUAGCCAGCAUAUGCCAUGAAGAAGUACUCGCCUCUUUUGGCUCUGUGCUCCCUCCAUCUGAAUUUUCUGUCGUCGAGCAACACGUGCGCAAAGCUGCUAUAGCUACAUUUGAAAAGACCAGUACGCUAGAUUUGCAUGAAAGAAUGCAUAAAGUUGCAGCCUCCAGCACUACCGUCCUCGUCGACUUCCUCACUUGCUCUGUCAAUGCAGAUGCCGCAUCUUCACUGGUCCAUAUUCCCGAAUUUCGUCGCUGUUUCUCGGAAAAAAUGGCUCUCCUCAUGGUCGACCUCCGUGAAGCUUACUUGUUUGGAAAACGCGGGCCUGCUCCCGCUAGUCCAUAUCUCACCAAAACUAAACCAGUGUAUGAGUUCGUCAGACUGACACUAGGAAUUCGCAUGCACGGGUCUGAAAACUACAAUCGCUUUGUUAACGGUCACGGUGUCGACGAAUCCACUGUUGGUGAGGCAGUGUCUCUGAUUCACGAAGCUAUUCGUGACGGAAAAAUGCAACACGCCAUGAUUGCCUCCCUUAUUUGA